AUGAGUCCGCAAGAAGAUCUCGACAUCGAGGGGCGGCCGCCCUACAGCCAUGCAAUGCUUGCGGGAGGAUUAGGCGGUGCCUUUGGAGACAUGCUGAUGCACUCUCUUGAUACCGUCAAGACUCGACAACAAGGCGACCCCAACGUUCCGUCGAAAUAUCGCUCGCUGGCCUCGUCAUACUACACAAUAAUACGGCAAGAAGGAAUCAGAAGAGGCCUUUAUGGCGGAUGGCUUCCUGCGCUCAGCGGCUCCUUCCCUGGAACACUCAUGUUCUUCGGAACAUACGAAUGGAGCAAACGAUUUCUCAUAGAUCACGGGCUGCAACACCACCUCUCCUACCUCUGCGCCGGUUUUCUCGGUGACUUGGCCGCCUCUGUCGUAUACGUGCCCUCCGAGGUUCUCAAGACUCGACUCCAGCUGCAAGGGCGAUACAACAACCCCCAUUUUAGCUCUGGCUACAACUACCGCGGCACCGUCGACGCCGCGCGCACCAUUGUUCGCACCGAAGGUCCGGCCGCCAUGUUCCAUGGCUACAAGGCUACGCUAUACCGCGACCUGCCAUUUUCGGCUCUGCAAUUCAUGUUUUACGAACAGUUUCAGACGUGGGCGCGAAAGUACCAGCAGAGCCGCGAUAUCGGCGUCGGCUUUGAGCUUCUUACGGGUGCGACGGCGGGCGGUCUCGCCGGCGUGAUAACGUGCCCACUCGAUGUUGUAAAGACUCGGCUCCAGACGCAAGUAAAUCCGUCCGCGACGACAAGUUGCUCCGCAUCGGCCAAGGAUCCGACUCCGCAGAAGCGCUCGAUAUCAACGUCCUCGCCGAGUACCCAUCGCCCACGCCCUGGCGCCAUUCCGCUCGAGACAUCGUCUGUCAUGACAGGCCUCAAGGUCAUUUACAAGACCGAAGGUCUGGGAGGGUGGUUUCGUGGCGUGGGGCCUCGUGGCGUCUGGACGUUUAUCCAGAGUGGCUGCAUGCUUUUCUUGUAUCAACGGCUCCUGCGACAUUUCGACGUCUGGAUGCCCGCUGAAAAAGAAAGCGACAUGUAA